GUGAGCCUCUAUCACCGCUUAAAAGGAAUGACGCCAAUUUUGAAUCACUCUGUAUGGAAAACGAACCAACAAACUGUGCAACACAACAUAUAAUUAAAUCACACAUGAACAGGACAGCUGAUGUACACCAAGGGGCUACCACUAGUUUUGAGGUUUGUGACAAUAUAGACUUGGAUGAUUUGAGCAGAAGUGUUCAACUGCUGUUUCUAUUUGUUUAAAAGGUUGCAAAACCUGAUUAGGAUAAAACAAAUCACAAUCAGAUGUAGACACGUCAAGUGAGUUAUGUGACGGUCCUAUACGCGUUCCGCUGAAUCAGCCAAAUGCUGACGACAAUGCGUUUACUUCAAACCAAAGCACAUUUGAGCUGAUUACCAGUGACUUCAUUUUUAUCUUUUAACAAAUACACAUGUAGAGUUUUUUUCAUCAAAAAUAAACGUGUUAGUAGAAUUUUAUUGUUUUUUUAAAAACGGCUUUGCCAUAUUGAAAUAGUUAACUAGUGUCAAAAUACUAGUGUACUUGUGACUCAAAUUAGCAGGGGUGGAACUUUUGAAUUCGCGAAUGUUGUUUACCCAAAGGUGCACCGAAGUUAGAUUAACACAACUAUUUGAUCGUCGAAUGGUAGCAGUAUCGAUUCGCGUGAGAAUGCAUUUGACGAUAUGAGCGAGCUGAUUGUGAAUGAAGAAGAUGAUAAGAAGUCAUCAAUGCACUAUGCCAGCUUCAAUUUUAUUAACUCGAUAAUUGGCAGCGGAGUAAUAGGUAUUCCAUAUGCUCUUCAUCAAGCCGGAUUUGGCUUCGGGGUACUCCUUUUGGUGCUAGUCGCCUACAUUACAGACUACUCACUAAUUCUAAUGAUUAAAGCGGGGCAUAUUAGUGGAAGAUUUUCUUACCAAGGUAUAAUGGAAGCUGCGUUUGGCAGAGCUGGAUAUAUUUUGCUCGGAAUUCUACAAUUUGUUUAUCCAUUUAUAGCCAUGGUUUCAUACAACGUAGUUGUCGGAGACACUGUAACGAAAGUGAUAAUAAGACUGACUGACAUAGAACCAGAUAACAUUUUUGCGAAAAGGGAAAUUAUAGUUUUGAUAGCCACCAUCUUUAUUACCGUACCCCUCAGCCUCUAUAGAGACAUUGCCAAAUUGGCAAAAAUAUCUUUCUUCAGUUUAGUAUGCAUUGGAUUUAUUUUGUUAUCUAUUCUACUGAGGAUACGAACAAUAAGCAAAAUUGUACCUGAUCAUCCAGAUUCAUGGAGAUUUUUUAAUAGUGAUAUAAUACCAGCUGUAGGAAUCAUGGCAUUUGCUUUCAUGUGCCAUCAUAAUACAUUCUUAAUAUACAGUUCUAUAGCAGAUACUUCACAGAAGAAAUGGGAAACUGUCACUCAUGCCUCAAUAUUAACCAGUCUGAUUGUAUCUUGUAUCUUCGGCAUUGCCGGAUAUGCAACCUUUAAGGCAUAUUGUCAAGGAGAUUUACUGGAGAAUUACUGCUGGGACGACGAUUUAAUGAACGCAAGCAGAAUAUUAUUCAGCAUUCAAAUUCUGUUAACUUAUCCUAUAGAAUGUUUCGUCACAAGAGGAGUUAUUGAAAAUUCGAUUAUUAGCAAGGAUCCUAACGUACCGAUGUCAGAAAGAACUCAUUACGCCAUCACUUUGUCCAUAGUUUUUACGACCUAUUUCAUUUCAAUGGCGACGGAUUGCCUGGGAGUUGUUCUCGAACUGAAUGGAGUACUUGCAGCGGUUCCUCUGGCUUUUGUCCUUCCAGCUUUCUGCUAUCUGCGCCUUGAGGAAGGAAGGAUUUUCGACCGUAACAAGCUUCCAGCAUUAGGAGUGGCAUUCUUUGGUCUAUCAGUUACUACCUUGGGAGUUAUUUUUCUCUUCAUGGAUAUAGACCAAAUCAAUCAGUGCAGCCAUGGUGUGGUUAUGGACUAUUGUUCACUACGCUAUUUAAAUGUGACUCAAAAUUCCACUGAAAUUUAAAGCUUUCGAUGCAAAUAUUAUAUAUUCUGAGAUUUGAAAUCAAAUUGACGUUGGUGGGUAAGCCCAGUCAGCUUUAUAACGUUGCAACGUGUUUUCCCUUUUAUUUUAAGAAAAGCUUUUCACUGAUCAUGUAACAAAAGUGACUUAACAUAGUUAACGUUAAUAUUUUUGGAGUUUAUACUACAUAACUACAGCAUACCUUUGUAUGAAGAAAAUUAUGCGUAUUUGCAUUUUACUAACAGUUAUGAACAUACAAAAACUUUCUGCAAUAUGAUAAGCUAUAUAGGGUGAUUUACUUAGACCGUGCAAUAGAAGUUUUCCAACUUGCAGCUGUUGUCAGAAACUUCAAAUUUUGUCUCCGGUCGUAGAUAAUCGUGCCGAAACCAUGUGGGUGUAUAUGGCAUACAAAUAUUGGUAUAAAAAGUGUCGAAAAUCAGGUUUUUAAAUGGCACUACAAACUUAUUUGGUCCUGUUGGAAAAUUUGCUAUGAUUAAACAAGAAGAAUCUAAACUAAAUAGUGGUUAUUAGGUGUCAUUUAAAAAAAAACCCAAAACAUGUUUUUUCCUUUUUCAUGUCAAUGUUUAUAGAUUGCGUGACCCAUAGGCUGCAAAACGGUACCCUAAUGUCAUCUCGAGAGUUAGCUUGGGAUUUUAGCUAACUAUCUACAAAAUUUGGGUUUUCAAUUUAGAAGCGUUCCUUAGAUAGAUGUAGCUUGUUCCGUAAACAUCUGUAAUGGCAUUUUUUUCUUUAACAAACAACAUAUAUCAAAAACUAUAAGAGAUAAAUUAACAAAUCCAGGGUUACCCAAUGCAGCAAUUGGAGGACCAAUCUAACCAUGCUAAACAAAUUAGGAGUUUGCAUUCAAAAUAAAAAAGUUAGGUUAUAGUUUUUAUACAGUUGGAGGGCUAAAUGUAUUUUACGUGGUUUUGACACGACUCGUAAUGACCGGGGUCAAAAUUUCAAGGUUCCAAAGCAACUGCAAUUUGAAAAAGUUCUUAUGCACGGUCAACGUAAAUCACCCUCUUCUUCUUCAGUCUGUUCCCAUCCACUCCUGGACAUUGGUAUUGAUGCCUUUCUUCUCCCAUGUCAGGUUUUUCAAUACGUCCUGUAGCGCCAGGGUGAACAGUUUUGGCAAGAGAGUAUCGCCUUAUCUAACUCCUCUGUUAGUAGGGACCCUUCCGGUGACCAAAUCUUACCCGGCUUUAACGUCAAAAGAGACAUUUUCAUGAUGAUUCAUUUUCCGCUGAGAUUCGAGUAUCUUGCUUGAGUCAAUCCUCGCAGCGUGCAUCGUAUGUAGAACUGCCCAGAUCUCCACAUAAUUAACAGCUUUCUGGUAAUCGACGAACGCUAGGUGUAGUGGGACGUUGUAUUCAGUGCAUUUCUCGAUGAACGUGCGACUGGAUGUGGUCUAUCGUGCUGUACUUCUUCCUGAAUCCAGAGUGCUCUACAGGUUAGUAAAAGACAAGCUUGUCGGUUGAGAUGAUCAGACGGUUGGUGAUUAUUUUGGUAAGGAGCUUAUAUAACACGGUGAGGAGGGUAAUCGGGCGGCAGUUCUCGAUGUUUGAAGAGUUGCUCUUCUUGAAAAGGGUGGUGACUUCAGAAUGUCUCUAUGUCUCUGGAAUCCAUUCCUCCUCAGGGUACUUGUUAAAGAGAGUGAGAAGUGUCUUAUCCACAGUUUCUUCUCCAGUUUUCAGCAUCUCACGCGUCACUUGGUCUUCUCCGGGAGCUAGUCAGGUUCUGGUACUGACCGGCUUUCUGUCUGAGAUAGUCUCCGAUAGAAAUUUUCGAUGAUCGCAGCGAUUUUGCCUCUCCCUGACACAGCUACACCCCGUUUGUUCCUCAUCUUAUAGAUGACUGGUUUUCCACUAUCCGUUCUGGAACGGAGGACCCUCAUGUUAAUAUUGUCCUCGAUGGCUUCUCGAAUCAUCCGUGAGUUGUGCGCUCUUAAGUCUCUACGACUCAUUAAUAGUUUGUCCAGCGGGCGGCGAAUCGCAAUCCAUGACUUCGUUCUUCCAUAAAUCUGGUCGUGUCGGAAGUGAGCUUCGAGUUUUACUGCCUUCCACAUAUGCAGACUUCCUUUGUUACUUGACAACACGGAUACUUUCGACGAUUUUCCCUGUCAGCUCAUUUAACUCCAGAUCUUUCAGCGUGUCCUUCGGCUCUAAUGUUUAUGCAAUCUGUCUGCUGACUCCUCCUGCUUCGACCGCAACCCAGUCCUCUCUGGUCUCAGCUUCUUCACAACCUCUUCUUUCAACUUCUUUCUUUCCGAUCUAGAAUCCGCACGUAUUUUAGCUCUCAGUAGUCUGUCGUCGCUUCCCGUGUUGAAGCGAUUUAGGACUAUCACGUCGGUGCACAUGAGCUUAACCGUGACUAGAACAUAAUCGAACUCGCUUUGACAUAAAUCACCCUGUAUAGAAUUAUUUAUAAAAAGUCUAAUUCUAUAAGCAAGAUGGAGUGAUUCUUUUCGCCAACAAAUGCGUUUUGUUUCGAAUGUUCAAAGAGGUCAAGUAAAAGUAACAGUAGACCUACUUACUAAGUAGUAUAUAAAAUUCACAAUAAUAUUCCAAUAGUACUUAUUAGUACGUACUAAUAGUAAUAUUUUGUUCAAAAUUUAUUAGAGUUCUACUGAGACUGCUACGUAAUGUCGGGGAGUUAAUCAUAUGUUUAAAGUACAUGUUUUGGAUUAUCUUUUAAUAUACUUAUUCGAAUAAAAGGCCCAAUACCCAAGGUCCACAUAGAGUGGAUCGAUUGAAAUAAAAUAUUUUAAUUAAGGGCCCUUAAAGUUAAAAAAUUGUUAGAAUUCGUCAAUUUAUUUGUUCAACUAGAAACUAUUUAGACCUAUUAACAGGAAUCUAUCCGUAAUUUUCUAAUCGAUUUCCAUUAUUUAUACAUAGGCUCAAAUCAUUGAAAUUUAAAGUUAACUCAAAGAUCUGAUACUUGUUAGUUUUCAUGUAUCGUAAUAUGCCAAAAAAAUACAUUUUAUUCCCAUUUCAACUCAUAGCAUAACUUCUUACUGAUAACAAAAUUAGCAAUAGUGCCGACUUAAUAUGGAACCGCCUGUAUAACAUAUAAUAAGCUUAUUUUUUAAAGCAAUAUUUUUUAAGGCAUCUCUUUGCAGUGGAAGUUUGUAUGUCCAGUUCCAAACUUGGAACCGAGUGCGGAGCCGUGACAACUCAACUUAGCCCUUGUUUUAAUAGCUCUUCACAUCUUCUAAGCCGCUAUUACUGCUGAAACUCCAUGCUUAAAUUCCAUAAGAUGGAUUCAAAUUGGCUGACGAAUUUUGUUGAAACAGAUUCGUUUCUUAGUGAAUUCUCCUACACAUAAAAAUACCGAAAUGUUUGACGUUAUCUGAUUUAUUAAACCAUUCUUCUCUUCUUUGAGUGCCGUCUCCUAUCUGGGGUUGGAUAUAAUCACUGCUAUUCUAACUUUAUUUGCCGCUUUUCUGAAAAGUUCUAAUGAGCUACAAAUGAAAUUAAAAUUUUUCGGCCAUGAAAUUCUCCUUCCCUUUAUCUUUCUGCUGCACUCUCAUUAUGUGCCCCAGGUAUCGUAACUUUCUUGCCUUUAUCGGGUUAAUUACUUCACAUUUUUUACCCAUUUCUCGCAGUACAACUUUGUUUGUUCUUCUUUCUGUUCAUAAUGUCCUGAGCAUUUCUCUGUAACUCCACAUUUCAAACGACUGCAGCUUGUUUAAGUGUUCCUGUUUAAGCGUUCAGUCUUCCAAUCCCUGAGAUAGUACUGCAAACACAUAGCACCUUAAUGUUGCCACCCUCAGUUCUAUUGGAAGCUCUCUGGAACAGAGGAUUGUUUUCAAUCUCACACAUUGUAUUUCUUGCUGUUUCUAUUCUAGUUCUUAUUUCUAUUGUUUGGUCGUGAUUUUCUGUAAUCCGGGUGUCCAGCUAUUUGUAUUUUUGAACUCUUUCCAUUUUUUGGCCCCAUAAAUUAAUGUUUGAUUCUUCUUCUUCUAAAAUAUAAAACCCGAUGCAAAACACACUGCAAAUACAUACCACAUAGCAGAUCUCCCUGCAGACGAACCAUCCAUAAAAGAAUUCUCCAUUCUAAGAAAACUCAUCCAAAUGACGAUAGCAUGUAUGGAAGACGGAAAACCCACAGUGCGAAUAAAUGAUAGGCUCUCUGAUGGAUUUAAGAUACGUAGCGGAUUAAAACAGGGAGAUGUUUUGUCGCCUGUACUCUUUAAUAUCGCCCUAGAGACAGCAACGAGGUCAGCAGAAAUUCAAACAGAACUCUUGACUUUACGGGUCCCGAAAUUAUUGUUAGCACAUGAAAAUGAAAUUGACAUCAUUGGAGAUUCCACACUAAUAGUAAAAGGUAUCUUUCAUCGCAUAGAAGAGGCUACAAGAUAAGUAGGACUUAGUAUUAACGAGGAAAAGACAAAAUAUAUGUGCAUAAACAGGUAGCAUCUAGGAGCUACAAUUACAGCCGAUAACUAUGUCACAGAGGAAAUAUAACCUAUAACCCCAGAAAAGAGUAUAGAGGUAAAGAAUCUAUAAAAGCAUGGAUGUUAUGGAUGGAAUGUUGAAGGCUAAUGAAGAAAAACUUAGGUGUUUUGAAAGAAAAAUUCUACCACAAAUUUUUGAUCCCCGUCAUGACCCUAAUAGCAACCAGUAUCGCAUCAGGACAAACGCUGAGAUUAGUCAGCUUUAUGGCGUGGGGGAUAUUGUCCCCGAAUAUUGAGAUAUUGUUAAGUCUCAGCGCCUAAGACGGUACGGUUAUGUCCAUAGACUACCAGAUGACAGACUGACGAGACUGGCAUGGGAGCAGAGACCGUAAGGAAAAAAGCCACUUGGGAGACCACAACAGAGAUGGAAAAACAACAUCAAAGCAGAUCUCACAAAAAUGAAUACCCCUCUGGACACGAAUCUUUUGGAGAACCGGGAGGCAUGGAGGAGCGUAGUGCAUUCAGCCAAGACUUCCUAUAGGUCGUUUCUAUUCUUUUGUUUUCCAUGCUGGAGAUCGUAUUCUAUUUAUCUAGGCCAAUAUUCAUUCAAUUCUGAUUGUCGUUGUUUCCACAUCUUUUCUUGCGAGAUUCUUAAUAUUUUUUAAUUUCUUUUAACUGAUUUUAUUUGACUCACACUUAAUUAUAUAAUUAAUAAUUGAUUUAUAGCUGCAUAAUUGUUGCAUUUGCUAUAUUUAAGACAUUCAUUCAGAAUUCACUAUGUCCCCUUUUAGAGGACAGCUGAAAUAUAUCCAAACCGGAGGCCCAAGAAAGAAAGUUUUUUUCUGUCGCUUUUCGUUCCUCAACCGGCAUCUUCUGCCAAUUUAUUAUUUAGGUUUGCGCAUUGCAAACCUGAUAAUUCGACAUUUCGUUAAUUCGGGUAGCGCGGCGUCCAUACACUAACGCCCACAUGCAUAGUCAAUCGCAGCGAUUCGCCGAUAUCAUAUGCCAGCAUAGCGAAGAGCCAGUCGGCAGCGAACCAAUUGCGUUAUAUCCAAUUCUGCAUUCAAAAUAGCUAUUUCGAUGUACAGUAUCCAAUAUGUCGAGAUCUCGAUGUAUAUUUAAUAGCUUAAAAUGUUCUUAAUACUUAUAAUAAUUAACUCAUACUAAAACACUUCCCAUGUAACCCAACUUUACCAACCCUAAAAGUAUUUACUUGACCUUUAUUAUUAUUUACUUUCGUUCAGCACCAAAUUGAGCAUACGUAAGAUCGGCGAAUGCACGAUUAUGAUGACAUUUUCGUCUCGGCCAACGUAUAUUUUUCUGCCAGUGCUACUAAGUUUAGCGACAAAUCGCAAAUUAGGCAAUCAAAUUUGAUAAAAUGGGUCUCAAAUGUAGAAUUUGCCAUAUGCGCCAAAAUGGGUGAUGAAAGCUCGCACCGCCAAGUCCUCGUCAACGUUGGGCGAUCUGAGCGACUUUUUGUUUAUGGCUAUGCGACUUUAUUUGCCUAAAUAUUGGCAACAAUGCUUCUGUGUUCACCUAUGCCGGCGACAUCACGGCGAAUAAUAGAAAGAUAGGCAGCUUUGAAAUCGAAAAUUAAAUCUACUGUACCGUUGCCAAAGAAUCAAACACAAAAGCAAUAUUUUUGUUUGUAAAAACGAGCACUCAAAAAUACGUACCUCAUACUACAUAAUUUAAGAGAAAGGUGCGAGGCACUUAACACUACUUUACUUUUAGCUACUAUACUUUUAACGCGCAAGAUUGAAUGGCAGUACGCAUGGGUAACACUGUGUUGAGUUGUCUUUUGAAUUUUUGCCGCUCUGUGCGCCAAUGAGUCAUAACUCAUCGUGCCUCACUGCGCCGCACUUUCAAUAACGCUAAGCAUAUAACAUUGGGGCGAUUAGAGCUUUACGAGGACCGCGACUGGAGUCAACAAAAAAACACCAAAAAACAAAAUUUACCACAUUUUUUAUUAGUAACGUUUUACCAAAUAAGUGACUGGCCCAGUGAUUAACUGCGCCGGUGCCUUGGGUUGGCGCACCAAAGCGUUUCGGCAUCACUGCGCCAACUCCUGAAAACUCACUGAGUUACCCAUGCUGAUAUGACAACGUAUUGGCAACUAGUGGUUCCUGUGUACACAACGGCAAAACUUGAUAUGUAACAUAAAAGUCUUGUUGCAUUAAUACAAAUAGUUUUGUAAUCUAACAUCUAAUCGACACAAGUUUUUAUUUUUUGCCCUAUAUGUUUCGUACAAAACAAAACCCGUUAGUUUCGUAGCGAGUUUUGCAUAGAAACAGCUGUACAUUUUCGAUACGAAGAAGUGAUCAAGGAAUGAAACUGUCAUUAACAUCCGAAUAUAAAACUAGACUAAAAUUAUAGAAGGUAACAAAAUAGACAUGAAAAAGAAGAACACCAAGUCGUACCUGGAGUAAUCGCUUUCUUCAUUCGUGUAUUGUGUUUUUCAAUCUUAGCAAUAUUUUACUUCUUAAGGAGCCUUAUUCAUGUUUAUGAAUGUUGGCAGCAAUUACACCAAAUCUUCGACAAUCUUUUUCUAGACUCGUACCUUCCAUACAUAUUUUGACGUUAUUUUGUCCUUUUUAAAUAUAUUAUGUACAUUACUAUUAUUUCACGCAGUCUCAGUCAAGUAAAUGUGCUUUCCUAUAAUGAUUUGCAUAUUCAGCAUGUUGUUAUAAUUGUAUAGAAAUUAUAUUUAUAGUGGUAGUUAGUCUAAUUCCAUCUAACCUCAAUCUGUCUACUCUAUGUAAAGGUAUAUUUAAUAUAUUUCCUUGCCAAUGUUGAAAUCUAUGAAAAUUUGCCUAAUUAUUGUGAUUGCUUCUUAAAUAAACGAUAUAUAGUGUU